GCACCACACCACACCACGCCUGUCCACGACUCAGCACAGCGGUGCUCCAGACACACCACAGCACAGCACAGCAUACCACCGGCCACUGCCAUGGCGCCAUGAGACGAUCCCCGGCCUUGCCCAAUCGGUCACCCACAUCCCUUUUCCCUUCGACCAUGAGCGACAUCGACCGAGGCUGACCAGCUUGGGCCUUGGUGCGUCCGAGAUACCCCUGCGCCGCGGUGUGCGCAUCGCGCAUCGCGCGCCGCCAUGUACAACCAGGGCAAGAUCAUGCGCCGCCUCCUCGGCCGGCCAUCCGCAGACUCGCCGCCCACGACCACCAACGAUGCGGCCAUUGGCGUCACCAGCUCCCCGACUGUCCCCCUCUCCUAUCGGCCGUAUGCUUCUCAGACGGCCGUCUUCCCCGCCGGCGACCCCAUCGCCUGCAUCGACCGCUUCGCCGAUGGCCAUCUUGCUCUGCUCGGUGGCCGCCACAUUCUCCAGACAGUGCACAUUGAUGGUCUGCAGUUCAAGAAAGGUGUAGACGUGCGGGCUGCCAUUGGUGGCCAGCCCACAGGAAAGGCCAGCGCCGCCGCAUCCAUCGCAGACCAGUUCUCCAUCAAGGAUGCCAAGCUGAGCAACUCCAGUACCGGUGGCGAGCCUACCGUGUUCACUGCCUGCGCCAAUGGCAAGAUCUUUAUGUACGACCUUAACCGCCUCGGUUCUAGCACAGGUCCCGACUUUAUCCAGGCGCGAGAGGAUUCGAGGCAGGUCAACAAGCUGGACUUUAAUCCUCACCGCGGCAAUUGGCUUCUCGCCGGUGGACAAGAUGGCGUGGUCCGUUGUUUUGAUGUCAAGUCCCCGGUGUCUGGCCGGUCCGGACCGACUUUCCGCACGUUUCAGUCCUUCCGCUGCAAUGCCGAGGGCAUUCGGGAUGUUAAAUGGUCCCCCAAGGACGGCAUGAUUUUUGCUUGCGCGACAGAAUCGGGCGUGGUCUUGAAAUGGGACAUUCGGAAGCACAACACGCCUCUCCUCAAAAUCAAUGCUCACGACACGCAGAAGGGCGUCACUUCCAUCUCGUGGCACCCAGAUGGCGACCACCUCAUCAGUGCUGGGCUGGACAGCAAAUGCCACGUCUGGGAUCUCUCCAAGAAUGCUGAGAAGCGGCAGAAGCCCAAAUGGACCAUCUCGACGCCGGCUCCUGUGGCAGCCGCCUGUUGGCGCCCAGCCUUGUGGUCUGCAACGGCCCAAGGCAAGCGCGCUGCCCAGGUCGUGGUCUCAUACGACGAAGGGGGCAACACCAAACGUCAUGGCAUAAGCUCUGUGCAUAUCUGGGACCUGGCACGCCCUUCGAUGCCCUUCAAAGAAAUCAACAUAUUCGACCGCUGCCCAAGUGCUUUGCUCUGGCACGACCAGGACCUGCUGUGGACUGUAGGCCAAGAUGGUCUUUUUGCACAGUGCGAUGUGGCAUAUGCGCCAAAAGUCAUUGACCGCCAGCCGUUGUCCAAUCUGCACUUCUCAUCCACUGGCGAAGUCCUGAUGCUGCUAGAAGAACGAGCUCGUCCUGCCAGACCACGAUCUGCCGUGCCUCAAGACAAGGCCCCCACUUCUUCGUACAGCUCCAGUCCGACUGGACAGAUGCUGAGCAUCAGUCGCAGCGACUCUGAGGAGGAUGUCAUGGCGAGCUUUCUCGCACAACGACGGCGUGGGCAUCAUCGUCGCCGCACUACCGUAAACCGGCCAAUCCAAGGACAGCCCAUAAGUACAACUCCGCCCUCUGGUUCAGCCUUGGAUGACAAUCCAAUAUCUCUGGACCAGGCGAUCAGGUUGACCGGCAUCUUCAAGCCGCAGCAAGUCAUGGCGGUUGGCCAUGCCCCUGCUGCAACCAAGGCAUCUGUGUACGAAUUCAUGGCUGGUCAGUAUCUCGAGAUCCUCCAAAGCGAUCUUCCCCAUAUAGAAGGCGGCCCUCCCUUGAACGUCCGGGUCACUCAAAUCCUGGAACAAUACGCACGGGCCGCAGAGACAGUGAGCCAGUUUAGACUUGCGCAGACCUGGCGUAUUCUUUCAUAUGCCAUGGGACUGCUCCUUACAAGGAGGUCUCAGUUCCAUCUAGAGGUCAGGACCACAGGGAUCAGCAAACGUCGAACGCGCUCACCAGCCUCUGACUAUCGGUCGGAUCGGAGAGGGUCGAGUCUCAGAGGCGAUGGGUCGUCCUACGGGGACCAGUCCGGAGAAGCAGCCAUGCGCAAGGCGUCUGUCAUCUCGACAGAAAGUCGACUUUCAGUGAACAAGUCGUUGUUGUCCGAAGAACUUGGCAGCGAAUCGAAUGUGCCCACGCCGCUUGCUCGUCCAGUGGUGGAUGGGAGCUCACAGAAUGGGAUGGCUGGAGCAAAGAAGCUAACACCAGUGCUCGAGAUGGAGAGCUUCAGCUUGCCGCCUGCUGCCCAUGGGCACGGAGCCAGUCCCCGGAAGCGGCUCGACUCGACGCCUUUGUCAGUUGUCAGUGAGGACAGCCAGCUUUCUAGUGUGGAAGGCUACGACUUCUACGAUGUCGAUAAAGUCAGAGACAUUCCCGAAGCGAUCGAUGUGCCAAAGAAACGGGAACCGCUGUCGCUGGAUUACGUCGACUCAAAGGCGUCCAGUGGGCGGAGGAGAGCGAUGAACAGACACGAUUCCGAAGAAAGCUUUGCUCAAAUGUUCUCAGUCUCAGAUGGCAGCAGGCAGGCGAGCGUGCUGACGAGCUCGUCAAAUGGAAGCAACGGUCAAAUGCAAAAGAUGACCCAGACCGCAGACAGUAGUCAAGAGGCCGAUGACGGUGAGUAUGGCAGUCGUAUCAGGGGCCACAAGAUCGACGACGCCCCUGAUAAACUCCAGCGGCCAGCGAUGCGCCCCAAGCGAGAAGGCUCCGGCAGCUCGAGGGACGACUUCAUGAUUUCGCAAACCACGAUCGACACUCUCGAUAGUGAUGCCACGAUGCCAUCGAAUGCCAGCUUCCCUGUCCGCCUGCGCACGAGCUCACCGCACUCUUCGCGUCGCAUCUCAGAUGAUCGGACAGGUGUAGACCGCCCCGAGAACCACUUGUCGCCCACCAUUACGGAGACAGACUUCCUGCCGUGGACCGACGACCCGCCGUACCCCUAUCCCUUGCUUUCUGACUCCAGGGUGGCCAAACGUGCGCCGCCUAUCGACCCGUAUGACUUGGUGAAGCGAGCGCUGGCCCACGAGUCGAAGCACUCGGCACUGCAUGCUUCCGCGAUCAUCCUUCUCCUGAAGCCUCUUGUGCCUGCUGAUGUGAUAGACUCAUAUCAGGCACUUGCGAUCCUCCGCCAGCAUCACAGCCGCCUAAUGGGCAUGAAGUGUUUUGUUGAAGCUGCACUCCUGCGAAAUCUUUGCGUGCAAGAUUGGCCCGACGGUCUAGAUAUCUGGGGCGAGAAUUACAGCGCGGUCUUCUUACCCGCACAGGAGCGCGUGUCUGCGCCGUACGUGUGUUCGACAUGUCACAAGCCGCGCGAAGUCAACAAGUCACAUCCCUACGGCCAGGGAAUCUGGCAGUGCGAGCGAUGCCGAGCAUCAAUGGCGCCGUGCGCGAUAUGUGGCCAUCGCGACAUGAAUUCGAGCCUUGUACCACCGAUCACGAUGUCGGAAGCUGCUACCAAAAAGCUCAGUACCGAGGAUGAUGCCGCAGAGCCAGACCUAUCUACGUGGUGGUACUGCCCCGGUUGCGCCCACGGCGGGCACGCAGCCUGUCUGCAACAAUGGCAUGCUAUCACUGGGCCUGGCACGUACACAUCGGCAAUGUUGAGCGACGGCUGCUGUCCGCUCGACGGUUGCGGUCACGCCUGCCUGCCUGGCCGCUGGCGCAACGAGACCUUGUCCGCCCGCACCGAGGAGCUGGGUCGCCGACGAGUCAGCGGCAGUGCGGAUUCCAGCGCCCUGUUCCGUCCCAGCAGUCUCGGCGGCGGCGGCGGCAGCGGGGUCCUGAGCGGCAUCAGCCUCGGUCUGGGCUCCGGAGGGGCUGUGCGUGGUGACACGGUCGACUAUGUCCCGCAGAGCAGGGCCGUCGAGUCUGUCCGCGAGACCCUGAGCAGGACUUCUGGCGGCGGCGGCGGCGGCGGCGGCGCCCUUUCGGGAUCCACCUCUGCUGGCGGGUCAGGCACGGAAGGCGGCCGAGAGCGCCGGAAGAGCGUCAAGUUUGCUGGCCCGCGGGGCGCGGCUCUGGUCGGCGGUACGGCUGGCGAGUACGAUGGGAGUAGUGGUAUUCGAGGAGGGGGGGGUGGAGGAGAUACCAUAGCCGAGUAGACAAGAGAGCAACGGACAGAUUUGCAAUAUUUCGAUAUUUCUGUAUGGCAGAAAGAAAGUUCGCAAGGCAAUGGCUAUGUCAGGGCAUACUGUGAAGUGCUACAACUAGACAAGUCGCGCUAGAAUGCAGUCGUUGUCGUUAUGUUGUUGUUGUUGCAUCUGGCGCUACUACUUUCAUUCGCACGACGGGGUUUGAUUAACGAUUAACUCGCGCCAAUGCCUGGGGAACUUUGGCAGAGGGAAAAAUUGUUCGUAUCAUGUGUGUGCAUAUUUACAAUUCUAACCCCGCCUAACCCUCUCUGCCUGCACAGAAAGCAGUGAAUGUACAUGCUGGUGCCUCGGUUUGUACAGUUCCUCCUUGCUGCUGCUGCUGCUGCUGCUGCUCUCUCCUCUUAGUCUUGAUGGCGGCGGGCAUCCCGUGUAUCAUGGGCCAAGAAUUGCCUAGGCCUUUUUG